AUGGCAGCUAUGAUGGAUUUCUACAACGGACAAGGUCAAGUUCAGUCAGAUCCAUUCAGAGGUGAGCUCAUGGAAGUUCUAGAACCUUUUAUGAAAAGUCCUUCCUCAACUCCCUCUUUAUCUUCGGAUUCACCUUUCCCUUCAACUUCAACUUCAUAUUCCUACUCUCCUUCCCCACUUUCAAUCCCUCCACACCCCAAUUUCUACACAGACCCUUCCUCCAACCUAUUCCAAACCCCAACCCUGAUAGGCUUUGAACAACAACCCACUUCUGCUAUCGGGCUCAACCACCUAAGCCCGUUUCAGGUUUCUCAGAUCCAGGCCCAGAUCCAGGCCCAGAGCCAGUCCUCCCUCUCCCUGAACUUCCUGACUCCCAAGCCCGUGCCCAUGAAGCAAGUGGGUGGGCCUGCGAAGCCCACGAAGCUGUACCGCGGGGUGAGGCAGAGGCAUUGGGGAAAGUGGGUGGCGGAGAUCAGACUCCCCAAGAACCGAACCAGGCUCUGGCUCGGAACCUUCGACACCGCCGAGGAAGCCGCUUUGGCGUAUGACAAAGCCGCGUACAGACUCCGAGGCGACUUCGCCAGGCUCAACUUCCCGAACCUUAAAGGUUCGUGCCUCAGCGAGUACAAGCCUCUGCAGUCCGCGGUGGACGCUAAGCUCGAUGCCAUUUGUCAGAGCCUGGCCGAAAUGCCGAAGCAGGGGAAGACAGAGAAGGGUGCCAGGUCAUGCAGGAAGUCCAAAGCAGUUCCAAAGGAGGCUCAGAAUCCGAACCAGGACUCCAAGCCUAACUCGAACCUGAACGUUUCGUGCAAGACCGAACCGGAACCUGAACCAGAACCUGCUCUGUCUCCUGAAAGCGAGGGUUCUGUGGAUUCUUCUCCGCUCUCUGAUCUUACCUUCGAUGUCGCCGAGCCGCAGUGGGAAGAUGCUUCUGCACAUUUUAACUUGCAGAAGUUUCCUUCUUAUGAGAUCGAUUGGGAUUCUCUGUGA